AUGACGGGCCCGCUCGGAAAAAGUGUGCCGCCCGUCGCCAGGGCCGAAACACGAGCUGGCGGCGUCCCUGGCGUCUCGGGGCCCGCGCUUUUGGCGGGAAAAUCUAGACAAAGAGCGGCGCCCGGGCCGGCCCAGGGGCGGCCAAAGCGCCAAGGCCACGCUGGGCGCGCUGCGCCGUUUCGCAACGCCUCCGUCUUUUGUCUCGUCGCGACGCCCGCCUCUGCCUGCCCCCGCCCGCCAGAUCCUAGUACGGGAGCGAGCGCCGUGCCCGGCGCCGCGGAAGGAUACGGCGCGCCAGCCAAUGGCAGCGCGCGCCGGGUGGUGGGGAUUUGGCGGGAGAGCGCGCUUGGUGGUGGGGGCCGCGAACUUCUCUCCGGCGCAGACACUACUACGGCUCAGUCGUGCCGGCGCUUGGACGGAGAUAGUGUUUCCAUCGUACGCUGGACGCAGUUCUAUUUCGGGUUCCGUGUGAGCGUCUGUGAGCAGCCACAGUAG